CGACCAUGUUAACCAUUAACCAUUAUACCAACACUUAUUAUUAUCGUAAAUAAUCCCACAUCCACAAUUGACAGCCACCAAAUAAAUUUCACUCUCUCGUUCUUACACACUCUCGACUUCUUUUGCUAUCUUUUGCCUUAAAAUUUCCAUCCCCAGAAUGGACAUUUCUAAUAAGAGAGAUCCGCCUGACCGUCGCUUUUGUCAUCUAGCAACGCUUUCCACAGACACUUCUCAAAUCAGCCUUCAGUUGAUUAUUUAUCGAUUCAAGUCCAUAAACAAUCAUUUGAACCAUUAGUGCCUUCUCUUCGUCUCUGAUCAAAGGUGGCUUUUGAAGGAACGCAAGACUGGAAUUCCAUACUACUCAACCCAGAUUCAAAUAAUGAAAGCAACUCCGCAGAAGCCCGGCCCAAACGGGUCCCGGGUAGUUAAGCGAAGGUCGAUGCCUCGACUCGGGGAUGGCUUAAGCGAGGUCCUCAACGGCGUAUCUCAUCCAUGUGCAACGGAUAAGGAGCCUGACAUUACUGCCACCAUUAUUCGAAUCUACGAUAGAAACAGUUCAAGCUCUACUACUUCAGAAACCUCACCGGGUACCAACAUCACUACGCCGGUUUCAUUUGUUGAAUCUUUGAGUAUCAGCCAGAGCCAUGGCGCUAAGGAGCAACUCAAAGCACCUGGAUUUGGCAGAAACAACCACAAUGUAUCAACUUUCUGUUCUCAAUCCUAUGGGCUAUCUUCACCAACGUCUAUUCGAGCACAACCUCUGCUAUUCCCCACAAUAAAUACCAACAAUUGUCAUGGCGUUCGCCUAUCAUCUAUCCCUCCGGCCGCCUCACCUCUUGCGCCUCCAGUUCAUACGACACCAGCUCACAUCCGAUUGGCUAGUAUCAUACGGGAAUCAAGACUGCGUAAUGACUCGGCACUAAAUAAGAUUAUUGAGUGGUUUCUCAAUGGGACAUUAUCCUUGUCUGAUACGAAGAAGACAGCUAAGAGGUAUCAAUACUGGGACUUCCUUGAUGCUCUAGAGACAGUUUACGCUACCACAGCCUCAGACGCUUCCCAGGACAGUACGAGCCAGUCACAGAAAGCGUUCUUUCCAGUUACCAUGAAUCAACCGGGAGACGGUUAUACGUUGUAUACACCUGAUGACUUGCAUUCUAGUAUGCAUCCGACCUACCCAGAUACCGCUUCAGCCGUUCGCCAUCGAUUUCAUUGGAAGGUGACGAAGCAUGUGGAUAUAGACCGGUUAGUUGAUCCAAGUAACGAAUCCAAGCUACAUUUAUUUGUGGAUAUAUCCAAUAUUUUCAUUGGCUUCUGCGACGCAAUCAAGGCUUCAAGACGUGUUCCCCAGAGCCACCGAAUGCCUGCACCAGUAUUCUCGUUCAAGACAUUCGCUGUCUUGAUGGAAAGGGGAAGAGCUGUGCACAAGAGAAUCCUGGCUGGAUCUACACCCGGAUAUUCUGCUGACGACCCCCGGAAGUAUUGGCCGCCGUACUUCUCAGAGGCAGAGGAGCUACAGUACGGGAUGAACAUAUUCUGCCGUGUGCAAACAAGAAAGCCAAGUCAGUUAAAGCGAAGGGGUAGAAAAUCACCCAAAGCCACUUCCCAUGAUGUACACGACCUUAGCACGGGAGAGUCUACUGGGGAUGAUGCGUUAGCUACGACCUACGAGGUUCGAAAUGGAGAGCAAGGCGUGGACGAGAACCUCCAUCUCAAUAUGAUGAACAGCAUGUGGGAUCAUAUAUCGCGUCCAGGUACCAUGGUACUGGCAACCGGAGACGCAGCAGAAGCUGAAUUCUCUAAUGGCUUCCUACAUUACGCAACCCAAGCACUAGAAAAUGGUUGGAGACUUGAGUUGGUCACAUGGAAACAUUCAAUUUCGUCUGCCUGGACUAAUGCGGAGUUUUCCGGAAAAUACUCUGGUCAGUUUAGAAUCAUCUACCUGGAUGAGUUUCUCGAAGAGCUUCAGAUGAAGACAGGCGAGUUUCCUGUCUAGAUCCUGUUCUUACCCGACUCGUGGCUUUGACCACGGAAGUGGACUCCGUUAUUUUUUAUACGCCUACAUGAAGGCUAAGAUUCUACUACUACUUGACACGCACUUCAAUCGCGGAUUGUACAUUUCUACAAGCAUGUGCAUUCCGAUCUUUUUUUCCUUGCAGUUCGGUUGCCAUUCGUAUUGGCGGGCAUUCCCAGGCGUUCGGUAUAUUACGGUUGUCCGCAUUUUUGGUGACGUAGGUAUUCCAAUUGAGGUCACAUAUUUCUAGGUUUGCAGAGUAGACCUCUGCAAAGGAAAUACAAUCAUUGUACCAACAUAUAUCUACAGAUCAAUCAAAUUUGAUCUUGGACGCCUAUCAGAUCGGAAAGAUGUUUGCUUCGCAGCUAUUAUUGCAUCAAGGCUAGACAGCAUGGUUUGACGUUUAACACCGAUGAGAACUACAUGGACACAAGUUGAAAAGGGUUAUUUCCGGAUCGUGGUUGGCGGGGUGGUGUUUCUACGACCAUGGAAAAGCAUUCCCGUUGGUUGGGGUUACUCAAUCGAGACGGGUUGGUUUGUUGCGAGAUGCUUUUCGCGGUGUGGAAGGCUCGCAUGUACGCGCCAUAGGCGCUUAGAAUAAGAGAACUAGGUAUAACUGAAAUCUUUGCACCCCA